AUGGAGUGCGCGGACGUGCCCCUGCUGACGCCCAGCAGCAAGGAGAUGAUGUCCCAGGCGUUGAAGGCCACCUUCAGCGGCUUCGCCAAGGAGCAGCAGCGCCUGGGGAUCCCCAAAGAUCCGCAGCAGUGGACGGAGACGCACGUGCGCGACUGGGUGAUGUGGGCCGUGAACGAGUUCAGCCUCAAAGGGGUGGAUUUCCAGAAGUUCUGCAUGAACGGAGCGGCCCUCUGCGCCCUGGGCAAGGAGUGCUUCCUGGAGCUGGCGCCCGACUUUGUGGGAGACAUCCUCUGGGAACACCUGGAGAUCCUGCAGAAAGAAGAGGUGAAGCCGUACCCGGCCAACGGAGUGAGCGCAGCCUAUCCAGAAUCCCGCUAUACUUCCGACUACUUCAUUAGUUACGGCAUCGAGCACGCGCAGUGCGUGCCCCCCUCCGAGUUCUCCGAGCCCAGCUUCAUCACCGAGUCCUACCAGACGCUGCAUCCCAUCAGCUCCGAGGAGCUGCUGUCCCUCAAGUACGAGAACGACUACCCCUCGGUCAUCCUGCGGGAGCCCGUGCAGACGGACGCGCUGCAGACGGACUACUUCACCAUCAAGCAAGAAGUGGUGACGCCGGAUAACAUGUGCAUGGGCCGCGCCAGCCGAGGUAAACUGGGCGGCCAGGACUCCUUCGAGAGCAUCGAGAGCUACGACAGCUGCGACCGCCUCACGCAGUCCUGGAGCAGCCAGUCGUCCUUCCAGAGCCUCCAGCGCGUGCCCUCCUACGACAGCUUCGACUCCGAGGACUACCCCGCCGCCUUGCCCAACCACAAGCCCAAGGGCACCUUCAAGGACUAUGUUCGCGACCGGGCCGACAUGAACAAGGACAAGCCUGUCAUCCCUGCUGCUGCCCUGGCUGGCUACACAGGUAGCGGAGGAACCCAGCUGUGGCAAUGCCUGCUGGAGCUGCUCACCGACAAGUCCUGUCAGUCCUUCAUCAGCUGGACGGGCGACGGCUGGGAAUUCAAGCUUUCCGACCCGGAUGAGGUGGCCCGGCGGUGGGGCAAGCGGAAAAACAAGCCCAAGAUGAACUACGAGAAGCUGAGCCGCGGCCUGCGCUACUACUACGACAAGAACAUCAUCCACAAGACGGCCGGCAAGCGCUACGUCUACCGCUUCGUGUGCGACCUGCAGAGCCUGCUGGGCUACGCGCCCGAGGAGCUCCACGCCAUGCUGGACGUCAAGCCCGACGCUGACGAGUGAAG